AUGCGACAUGCAACACAUUACAGCAAACCAGUCGAACAACGGCAUAUCAUCCGGAUUCUGCUCAUGAUACCGAUAUAUGCCCUCGUUUCCUGGCUCAGCACAUACUAUUACAAGCAAGCCGUUUACUUCAGUGUACUGGGCGACUGCUACGAAGCGUUCACGAUCUCGGCCUUCUUUGCGCUGUUAUGCCACUAUAUCGCGCCCGAUUUGCACAGUCAGAAAGAAUACUUCCGCGGAAUACAACCGAAGAACUGGGUCUGGCCUGUCAAUUGGCUCCAGAAAUGCUCUGGUGGAAAGAAUGGUAUCUGGAGGCUUCCGCGCAGCGGCUUGACGUGGUUCAAUGUUAUCUGGGUUGGCGUUUUUCAGUAUUGCUUCCUACGUGUGCUGAUGACCAUUGUGGCGGUUGUCACUCAAAAGUUCGACUUGUACUGCGAAUCGUCACUCAACCCGGCUUUCUCCCAUAUAUGGGUAUUGGGCAUUGAGUGUAUCGCCGUUACUAUUGCCAUGUACUGCCUUAUCCAGUUUUACAUCCAAAUCAAGGAUGAAAUCAGCGAGCACAAGCCUUUCUUGAAGGUUGCGUCGAUUAAACUCGUCAUUUUCCUGUCAUUUUGGCAGUCGAGUUUGAUAUCAUUCCUGUACUCUGCUGGAGUCAUCACAUCGUCAGAUAAGCUUGCAGCUCCCGACCUCAAGGUCGUGCUUGCGGAACUCAUUAUCAGCGUUGAAAUGGCUCUCUUCGCCGUACUGCAUCUCUGGUCGUUCCCUUGGAAGCCGUACGCCAUCGGGCUUCAGACGGAUGAGAUCACCGACAUGUUUGGUAAUGGGAAACCCACUUAUAAAGGCGGUCGCUGGGGAAUGGGCGCUCUUCUCGAUGCUCUUAAUCCCAUUGAUCUCCUCAAAGCUGUCGGCCGCAGUAUGCGCUGGUUGUUCGUUGGCCGCAAGACGAGAACAUUGGAUCCCAGCUACCAAACUUCAACAGAGGCUAUUGGCCUUAGUCAAACAGGCAGCGCGGCACCUGCCGAUACAAGCUACGGAGGGGCUGGUGCGGUGAUGACUGGCGGCGUGUCAAACCGCUAUGGACAUCAAGCCGAGGAAGAAGGAGAAGUCCUUCUAGCCAAUGCUCAGCAAAACCCGUCCACUAGCGAUCUUGGUGCUAUGGGCACGGCCCCUCCACCUUACUAUGAAGAUGGCCGAAACCGAUACUACCAUUCCAAUUCCAGGUCAGAUAACGAGUAUUUGGCCGAACCAGAUCUACAAUCGCACUCCUCGCGGCCAAUCUCGCCAUUCGAGGAGGUGCACUACGUCCCAUCUAGGUCGCCUUCGGACUCAGACGGCUACUACCAUCCAAACCAUCCUGGAUAUCCAAGUGAUCAUGACCAUGCCCGCUUCCCAUCCUCCACCGAACUUCAAGAGCAGCCUCCGAUUCCAUUACCGGACGCCUAUCAACCCUCACAUACCAGAUACGAAUCUCACGGACGACCUUAA